AGCAUCUCGAGUUACGUUCUGAGAAUAAGCUCUAAGGACAGUCUUAUGAUACGAGACGAUAAAGUCAAGGUUCUGGAGCAAGAGAUCUUUUAUUCCCACAAAGGAUUACAGCACUAUUUAUCAGCGACGAGGAAUGAAGGGGGCUGUGAUAAUUUCAGUGGGCUUCCUUGUUCUUCAGUGUAUAUCACUAUCUGCAGCUGCACCAUGUGACCCAAGAUGCACAGCAAUACCAGGGCAGGGAACUUGUCAAAGCAGUGGACGCUGCCUUUGUUGGUGGGGAUGGACUGGGCCUAAUGGAGAAUACGUAUUAUCUGGAUUUCAUAAAAAUCGUGUACUGGCUGACUAUUGUACAAGGUCGUGUCUUUACACUCCCCGCCACAGGAAUAAAGCUUGUGCAAAGAUCCCUCCCCCCCCUCAGCCUAAACAAACUUCUACAGCAAAUCCAUCAACACAACCAACAACAGGGAAACCAAGCACAGGAAGCAGUACUAAAGCUCCACCCACAGUGUCAUGUGACCCCAAAUGCACAGCCACACCAGGACAAGGAACUUGUCAAAGUGAUGGAAAAUGUCUGUGUUGGUGGGGAUGGACUGGGCCUAAUGCAGAAUACAUCUUAUCCGGAACUCUUAAGAACAGAAUUAUGGCUGAUUAUUGUACAGAAGCAUGUCAUUACACUCAUGACUAUAUGAAUCCAUCAUGUGCCAGUAUCCCUACCCCAAAGGUGUGCAGUUUACCUGGUAACACAACUGACCCACCCAUCCCCUGUGAUCCUCUGUGUGGCACAGGGACAUACCACAGUGCUGGAAAGUGUCUUUCAAAUGGCCGUUGCCUCUGCUGGUGGGGUUGGACUGGUUCCAAUGCCUGCUACAUUGAUGGAGGAUCUUAUAACAACAGGAUCAUAGCUGACAGAUGUACCAAAGCUUGUCACUACACUCAUGACCACAGAAAUAUUAAUUGUACUAAGUACAAUUCAACGAAUCCAUCAACACAACCUCCAGUUACAAGAAAACCAAGCACAGGAUGCAUAACCACAGGAGUACCAACCUCUGGAGCUUAUCCUCAGUCAUCAACAAGAAAACUGACAACUGCAAUCUCAACUACAGCUUCAUCAAAAACUCAUCCAACAACACCGAAAGAAACCAGCACCAUUCCAACAACAGCUCAGAGAACAACAAAAGCCCCAACUACUAAAGAAAGGACAACUUCUCAUCGCUCUACAACAGCAAAAGCAACCACCACUCAAAAAACAGUGACCACUACAGCAGAGACAACAACAACUGGUACGCCAACUACAAAACAAAAGACUACAACUCCUCCAUCCACUACAGCUAAGGACACUACCACCCAAGCUUCUGUGUCGACUACAGCAAAGACAACAACUUUUGCACCAAGUACCAAACAGAAGACUACAACACAAAAGGCAAAAACAACUACAGCUAAACAAACAACUACCCAAACACCAACAACAAUGGCAAAGACAACAACUUCUGCACCAACCACCAAACAGAAGACAACAACACAGAGGGCACAAACCACUACAGCUAAACAAACUACUACCCAAACAGCAACAACUACAGCAAGCACCACCAUGCAGACAACAAAACAGAAGACUACAACUGCAGCAGCAACAACCACACAAGCUCCUACAACAACAGAAGAACCGACAGAACCAACCGAGCCAACAGAACCUACAGAGCCGACAGAGCCGACAGAACCGGCUGGAGUGCAGGUGAGAGGAUGGGCUCCUGAUGAGGACUUUGAAAGUCAGAAUGAUGAUGCCAAAAAUUUUGGCGACAUUGGUAAGGCUGACGCUGUUAAAGAGAAAGAUGACAGUGAUGGCAAGAAAUCGAGUCAUGCUGGUGUAGUUGGUGCCGUGGUAGUCCUGCUUUUUUCUUUAGUGGUGUUUGGUGCAGCCGUGUGGUGGUCUUAUGGCCAAGGAAAUCAGUGUCCAGGCAUUUGGCGCGGUUAUGAACAAGUGGCAGACCAUGAUAAUACCUACCUGAUGAAUGACUUUUCAACUUCAACAACAAUUCCAUGACCAUCAUCAUUUUAAUGCUAAAAGCUCUUUUCUGGGACUUAGUCAUAAAGUCGAUGAUUUUGUUGGAAUGACACCAGCUUACUGAUUUGUACUUCAUUGCCACACCUUUGAGUGACUAUUGUGAUGCAAACUUUGUGCAUCUUAUCUGUGAAUCACUGUUUCAUUAAGAGGUGACUGCUUUCCUAACCUUUCGACAAUUCAAAGGGCUUACAAUUUUACUUAUUAACCUCUUACACCCUAACUUCAGAGGAUAUAUUUUCCAUACUUUUCUUCAUACAUUCCCGAAGGUGCUGACAAGGAGAAUUUGUUUAACAAUCAAGCGUUAAGUUGGUGAUCAUCUUCUUUAUUCUCCUGACCUCAAUGUGUGAUUCAGGGGGGACAUAGUAUGGAGAAAUUAGAUGCCUGUCACUCUUCCUGGCAUAAGGGUUAAUUGCAAAAUGGUCUGCUCUGUGUUAAUUUAAUAUCUUAUUAACCAAGCGCAAGGGCCUUACUGGGAGAAUAUCGGCCCGAGGUCUUGACAGUACAGACCUCGCUG